AUGUUCGCUGCUCGCCAGUCUUUCAACCUCCUCCAGAAGCGCGGCUUCUCCGCUUCUGCCAGCCAGGCUUCCAAGGUUACCGUUCUUGGUGCCGCUGGUGGCAUUGGCCAGCCUCUCUCCCUUCUUCUCAAGCUCAACCCCCGUGUUUCUGAACUUGCCCUCUACGACAUCCGCGGUGGCCCUGGUGUUGCCGCUGACCUGAGCCACAUCAACACCAACAGCACCGUCUCUGGCUUCGAAGCUACCCCAUCUGGCCUCCGCGAUGCUCUCAAGGGCUCUGAGAUCGUCCUCAUCCCUGCCGGUGUUCCUCGCAAGCCCGGCAUGACCCGUGACGACCUCUUCAACACCAACGCCUCCAUUGUGCGCGACCUUGCUAAGGCUGCUGCUGAGGCUUCCCCCGAGGCCAACAUCCUCGUCAUCUCCAACCCUGUUAACUCCACCGUCCCCAUUGUCUCCGAGGUCUUCAAGUCUAAGGGUGUCUACAACCCCAAGCGCCUCUUCGGUGUUACCACCCUUGACGUUGUCCGUGCCUCUCGCUUCAUCUCCCAGGUCCAGAAGACCGACCCCGCCAACGAGGCCGUCCCUGUCGUCGGUGGCCACUCCGGUGUGACAAUUGUCCCUCUUCUCUCCCAGUCCAACCACCCCAGCAUUGAGGGUGAGACCCGCGACCAGCUCGUCAACCGCAUCCAGUUCGGUGGUGAUGAGGUCGUUAAGGCCAAGGAUGGUGCUGGCUCUGCCACCCUCUCCAUGGCCAUGGCUGGUGCUCGCAUGGCUGAGUCCCUCCUCAAGGCCGCCCAGGGUGAGAAGGGUGUCAUUGAGCCCACUUUCGUCGACAGCCCUCUCUACAAGGACCAGGGUGUUGACUUCUUCGCCUCCAAGGUCGAGCUCGGCCCCAACGGUGUUGAGAAGAUCCUUCCCGUUGGCCAGGUCAACUCCUACGAGGAGAAGCUCCUCGCGGCCUGCCUUGGUGACCUCAAGAAGAACAUCCAGAAGGGUAUUGACUUCGUCAAGGCCAACCCUUAA